AUGGCAGCUUCAAAAAGGCUAGAGUUGCCCAAAGCACUUUUAGAAAUGAAAUUUAUGAUGAAAACCAAGGAGAGACUGAAAAAAGAAAUGGAAAAGAAGAAUGGCUGUGAAUGUGUAUAUUCUAAUGAAACUACAAAUGAAAUGCGACAUGCUUCUGGAAAAAUUAUUUCUGCAUCAAGUUUUACUUUUUGUGAAGAUCUUAUAGAAGGUAGAGUAUCUUUCAAAGGCAUGAACCCUGAGAUAGAGAGAUUGAUGGAAUUAGAGAAAACAUCGAAUUAUUGUGAGGGCGAUAUGCAAAAAGAUGUAUCUGAUGAGGUAAUGGCUAAAAAGAUGAAUAGUUUUAAUAAGAGAAAAAGACUAGCAAGUUCAAAGGUAUGUGUUCCUAAUAAAAAGGAAAAGAUCAGUGUUGAUAAAAUAAGUAACUCAGUCGGGUGA